AUGCACACGGACCCACGCACACGUACCUACGCACACGGACCCACGCACACGUUCCUACGCACACGACACACACAGUCUGUUCGUACACAGCCCCAGGUUAUCGCCAGGAAGCCCCGGGGCCCCCAGAAGCCCCAGGGCCCCCGGAAGCCCCAGAAGCCCCAGAGCCCCCGGAAGCCCCAGAGCCCCAGGAAGCUCCAGAAGCCCCAGGAAGCCCCGGGGCCCCCAGAAGCCCCAGGGCCCCCGGAAGCCCCAGAAGCCCCAGAGCCCCCGGAAGCCCCAGAGCCCCAGGAAGCUCCAGAAGCCCCAGGAAGCCCCAGGGCCCCAGAAGCCCCAGGGCCCCCGGAAGCCCCAGAAGCCUCAGAGCCCCCGGAAGCCCCAGAGCCCCAGGAAGCUCCAGAAGCCCCAGGAUGCCCCAGAGCCCCAGAAGCCUCAGGGCCCCAGGAAGCCCCAGAGCCCCAGAAGCCUCAGAGCCCCCGGAAGCCCCAGAAGCCUCAGGGCCCCAGGAAGCCCCAGAAGCCCCAGGGCCCCCGGAAACCCCAGAAGCCCCAGAGCCCCCGGAAACCCCCGAAGCCCCAGGGCCCCAGGAAGCCCCAGAAGCCUCAGGGUCCCAGGAAGCCCCAGAAGCCCCAGAGCCCCAGGAAGAAGCCCCAGAAGCCCCAGAGCCCUAGGAAGCCCCAGGGCCCCAAGAAGCCCCAGAAGCCUCAGGGCCCCAGGAAGCCCCAGAAGCCCCAGAGCCCCAGGAAGUCCCAGAAGCCCCAGGGCCCCAGGAAGCCCCAAAAGCCUCAGGGCCCCAGGAAGCCCCAGGGCCCCAGGAAGCCCCAGGGCCCCAAGAAGCCCCAGAAGCCCCAGGGCCCCAGGAAGCCCCAGAAGCCCCAGAGCCCCAGGAAGCCCCAGAAGCCCCAGGGCCCCAGGAAGCCCCAAAAGCCUCAGGGCCCCAGGAAGCCCCAGGGCCCCAAGAAGCCCCAGAAGCUCCAGGGCCCCAGGAAGCCCCAGAAGCCCCAGAGCCCCAAGAAGCCCCAGAGCCCCAGAAGUCUCAGGGCCCCAGAAAGCCCCAGAGCCCCAGAAGCCUCAGAGCCCCAGGAAACCCCAGAAGCCUCAGAGCCCCAGGAAGCCCCAGAAGCCUCAGAGCCCCAGGAAACCCCAGAAGCCUCAGAGCCCCAGGAAACCCCAGAAGCCUCAGAGCCCCAGGAAACCCCAGAAGCCUCAGAGCCCCAGGAAGCCCGAGAAGCCUCAGGGUCCUAG